AGAACCAAGUGUACAAGUUACGGGGUUGAUGAUGGCAUCAAUUCUAGAAUCUUUGUGUGGUGCUGGUACCGCCUCGGUCCAAUUCAGUGUUCAUGAAACAGCACCAGUGAAGAUCGCGCAAACUGGCAAACAGAACAGAGUGGAGAGGAAGUCUGUCCCGGGAAACAGCAGGUUACAUCCAGGAGGUGACUUUGCAUUUCUGCUCUUCGGACCCGCCCUGGGCUAAGGAUGGCUCCUCUGUGGCCCUGCGUCCUGGUGGCUGCCACAGGAAUUCUGGCCGCAGAUCCGCCUCCUCUCGGGGAUCCUACCCUGCUUCACCUCACCAAGCAUUUACUGCAGCAGUAUCACAAGGAAGUGAGGCCAGUUCACAACUGGGUUGAACCCACCACCGUCUACCUGGACCUGAUUGUCCACGCUGUGUUGGACGUGGAUGUACAGAAUCAAAAAUUAAAGACAAGUGUAUGGUAUCGUGAGGUUUGGUACGAUGAGUUUUUAGCCUGGAACUCCAGCUUGUUUGACGAGAUUAGAGAGAUCUCUCUGCCCCUCAGCGCCAUCUGGGCGCCCGAUAUCAUCAUUAAUGAGUUUGUGGAAACUGAGAGAUCUCCUGACCUUUCCUAUGUUUAUGUGAACUCAUCUGGGACCAUUAAGAACUCUAAGCCGAUCCAGGUGGUGUCUGCGUGCAGCCUGCAGACAUAUGCUUUCCCAUUUGAUAUCCAGAAUUGCAGCCUGACCUUCAGUAGCAUUCUGCACACAGUGGAAGACGUAGACCUGCGCUUUCUGAGGAACAGAGAAGACAUUAAGCGUGACAAAAAAGCAUUUUUGAAUGACAAUGAAUGGGAACUGCUUUCUGUGACCCCAGUAUACAACAUCCUGCAGAACAGUGCUGGGGAUUUUGCACAGAUUCAGUUUAAUAUGGUGAUUCGCAGGCGCCCCCUGGCCUAUGUGGUGAGUCUGCUGAUACCCAGCAUCUUCCUAAUGCUCAUUGACCUGGGGAGCUUCUACCUGCCCGCCAACUGCCGGGCAAGGAUUGUAUUCAAGACCAGCGUGCUGGUGGGCUACACGGUCUUCAGGGUCAACAUGGCUAACGAGGUGCCAAGGAGCACAGGGAGCACCUCUCUGAUCGGUGUCUUCUUCACCGUCUGCAUGGCCUUCUUGGUACUCAGCUUAUCCAAAUCAAUCCUCUUGAUCAGAUUUCUCCACAACGAACAGUGCAGUGGGUGGGAACAGCCCCUCUUAUGCCUUCAAAAGGAUUCUGAUGCUGAUGGACCUGGAGUGGACCCCGGGACCUGGUGUGCUGGGAUAACAGAGUCCUCAGUCUAUCAAGAGCACCAGGCCCAGCCAGAGACCCUAAAAGAAGUCUGGUUCCAGCUUCGAUCCAUCAACACCCACCUGCAGACUCAGGACCAGGUGGAGCAGCAGGGCGUGCAAUGGCUGGCUCUUCUGUACCGCUUCGACCAGCUGCUCUUCCGAAGCUACCUUCUCGUACUGGGGCUCUACGCCGUCACCCUGUGCUCGCUCUGGGUUCUGUGGAGUGGCUCGUGAGAACCUAGACUGCUGGUCUUGGUCGCGUGCUACCAUAGCACUUACAGCGGCUGGAAAUAUUUCUGAGAGGCGAUGGGAGGGGCAGGAAUGGUGAUUUUAAACGCCUCCCCCUCCGCCUUUGCCCCUUUCCAUUGAGCUCAAGAACACAACACUAUAGACCACAGAAGAUCCAGGAAUAACCUGUUCAGGAUGAAUGUGUAUUAACCAAACAAUGUGUACAGUGAAGAGUAAGCCUUUGCUCCCCAAGAACCUCUCAAUGUCUUUCCGAAAACUCCUAGAACACGCACCCUUAUGUGUACGCUUAAACUGUUGUUAACAAUAUUCAGUCGCCAGGCGUGGUGGUACAUGCCUGUAAUCACAGCACUCAGGAGGCAGAGGCAGGAGGAUCAGUCUGAGUUUGAGGGGUGGGCUGCAAAGUGAGUUCAAGCCCAGCUUUAACUAUGUAGUGAAACCCCGUUUGUCAUUCACUCAUUCAUCAAAAUCUAGGAACUAGAAAUUAUUUUAGGCACAGCAGAGAAUACAAAAUAAAUGGUCUUGCCAA